CGACAACACUUUUUUUAUUUUUUUUUUUAUUCAAUCUUCGUUUCUCAUUACCACCACACUUCUCACGGCGACAAUCGCAAUUGACAUCCACGGCGAUAUAACUUGGAGGAAAUACGAUCUCGAGGUACCUUCUUGUCCUGCGUUUUCCAUGACGUGAACUUGGAGGGCUUUCUUUCGUUCGUUCAGUUUUCAAUCUUCACCAGGAACGAUCGUUUCCCGAUUUUCAUUUGUCCAUAUCUUUCUGUUAACACAUCCAAUCGUUUCUUCUUGACCUUCUUCCCCCCCACCCCCCAAGCAUUCUCCCUUAUUACAGAUACAAGCCCACUUGUACCAUGGCUGCCCUUGCACCAACCCGAGCUACUCGUGCCUCUGCUGCGAUUCUCAAGAGGGGACAAAAGUUUUAUGAGCAGAAAAAAUACCGUCAUGCAGAAAAGGCCUUCUUGCAAGCCAUGAAUUUGUGCAUGUGCGGCGUUGCCAUCGAAAAGGAGCCAUGUAUUGCAGACGAUAUCCUGGCGAGCAUCUCCCAGAGUAGCCUCAAGGACGGCUUGUCAAAGUUGUCGGCGUCUUCUAAACGCUGUGACAAUCAAGUUCACGUGGAUUCCAUUGAUUGCCUCAUUGCUACGUAUGAGCAACAAAAUCAAGUUCAACUAUGUCUUUCAUUGGCAGCAAAGAUGGUCAAUCUCUGCCCACGAGAACCAAAGGCCUACUUGCGUCUAGGAAAGAUCCUCCGCCUGAAGCAGAACCCAGUACUUGCCUACUUGACAUAUAAACAAGGCAUUGAACUUGUCCAAAGGAAGAACCCAAAUCAUGUUAUGCUGCCUAAACUACACAGCCAGUGUAAUAAGAUCAAAGCACUGGCCGUGUUUUUUGAUCCUAUCACUAUUCUUCCCAUUGAACUUGUGCGGCACAUAUUCAAGCUUUUGGACUUCAAGACGUUAUGCCGUUCUUUGAGGGUUUCUCGCACUUGGAAAGCCGCUUUGACUACGCGCGAUGCACGAGAUCUAUGGAGUGUUCAGUCGUACAACCCUUUCAGGUCGCUUGCUGCGCCCAGCAGCAAAGCACUAGAAAGAUAUGCUCGUUACGCAAAUGGUGCCAUCCACGAGCUCUAUAUUGAUGGCCUUUAUUUCUUUAUGCAGAAAACAGAGCUUUCAAAAAUCUUGUCCCUCUCCCAGUCCCUCAAGAUACUCAAGGCCAGAGAGCAACACCAACACUUUGGUAGGCCAAUACAGAACCUGAGCCUUAAAAUGCCUCUUUCCCUCACGGUUCUUUACUUGGGCCGUGGACUACGGCUUGAUACUAGUGUCUUGACUAGAUUAGUCAACGCAUGUGCUGGGUCAUUGCAAGAACUCUCCAUAUUCGAAAUCCCGGAGUGCAGGCAAGACAAUGCACUUUGGCAAUGGUAUGAUGGUUGGCCAAAGUUGGAAAGCCUCAAGGUGGUUCGGGUUUCAUGCUAUAAAGUCCUUAGACAGACCUCUCUACUCAACGAUCCAGUGACCUAUUUGAGCAUGUCUGACUUCGUAGACCUAGCGCCUAACGUUGAGGUGGUCUGGUUUGACUACUUGAGGUACGACCCCAGAAAGCUAUUGCAUGGCUGUCCAAAGCUACGAAGCAUAUUCAUCGGAGGUCAUGCUUCGAUGCCAAGACCACUACCAAAAAUGGAAGUAGAAGUAACGCCCCCCGAAGACCUACGCGAAUUGCAUUUGGAGGAGAGUAGAAUCGGCGAGAUUACUGAGCGCUUGGGACUCCAUGUUCAUUCCGGCGUUACUAACUCUCCGCCAUCGAUGACUUCCAACCCCUCCCCCCUAAAGAUCCCGCAGUUUCGGAAACUUGAGAAAUUAUCACUACUUUCUCUGAGAAGGCUAUCUGAUUCCGAAUUCGAGUAUCUAGUUCGGCCUAGUAUGGAAUCCGGUACCUUGCGAGAGUUGGACGUCAGACCCCUUCCACUCGCAGCACUCUUCGACCCUGCUCAAUCUAAAAAACUGGAUUGGUUCAAGAGCGAGGCCAUCACGUUCCUGAGCCUGACAGGGUUCUCCUCGGAUAAUCUGCACCAACACAAGCUGUUCGACGAAGUCAUGUCCGGUAUUUUCGACCGCUUUCCCAACUUGAAAUGCAUCGACGUCUCAACGGAGGUGUUCCCCGACUCGGUACUUGCGAACUUCGUGGCGAGGGGUGCCAAGAAGAUACACUACAGGCAGAAGAAUUCAGUGGUAAGAGCAGACCUCAGGGAAUGGGCCCGCAAACACCACGGGGCUGAUAUCAUCGGCUCUGCCCCACCCAAUUUGCCGUCAAUGCACCCGGAUCGGGGUGCGACGUACAAUGGGUUCAUUGACGACGCUAUAGUCGUCCCCCCAUUGUAACUGCGGACGAGAAAUGGGUCGAUGCGUUCGUUGUUGGUUCGGAUAGGAGAGGGGAAGGGGGAAGGGAUAGGGAAAGUUGUGAAAUUUGGAACCUUGACGAAGGGGGUUGGGGAAGAAUGAAUGAAUGAAACGGUAGUUAUUUGCAUUGGGGGAGAUUACUCAAAGAUACCCGGCUCUUUCUCUCAUGGAGAGAGCUCUCGCAGGCAUGGGAGUUUGGGAGUUUUUGAUCUCAACUUGCCUACUACUUAUGUAGGGGCCUAGGUUAGAUGGCUACAUACCUCUAGACUACUUACUUUAGGUAAGCUAUACCACUUAUUACAAGUGCUUUUGUUACAUCAUGGAAUGGUGACUCUGGCCCCU